AUGGCGUCCAUCCAGAUCGUGUCAGAUCUUCACCUGAGUAAUCAAGACUACGACAACUACCAUAUUGAACGAAACGCACCAUAUCUCGCACUGCUUGGAGAUAUUGGAUGCGUGAAAGAUGUGGGUUUCGUCGGAUUUCUCAAUAGGCAGCUCGCUGAAUUCCACGUUGUUUUCCACGUUCUCGGAAAUCACGAGCCUUACGGCUCUAGUUGGGAGGAUAUUCGCGAAAAACUAAACAGCUUCCAAGAGGCCAAUCGAAAGAAGCGCGAAGAAGACCCAUCUUCUGGCAUAGGAGAGUAUGUUCUCAUGUGCCAGAGAGAAUACUCGAUCCCUAGUGCCGAUAUCACCAUACUUGGCUGUACGCUCUUCUCCAACAUCCCCGACUCCAAGCUGACGCCGGUCAGUAACGGACUCAACGAUUUCCGUGAAAUUGAUGAUUGGACUGUUGAAGAACAUUGCCAAAGACACAAAGAAGACCUGGAGUGGCUCAACACUAGGAUCAAGGCAAUAGCAGAGGAUCCUCGCCGCAAGAUAGUCAUCCUCACGCAUUAUAGUCCGACCGAGGACAGCCGUGCUGUCAAGCCACUACAUGCCAACAGCAACCUCAAGUCCGGGUUUUCAACGGAUCUGCGAGAUCAACCCUGCUGGGAGAACCCACAAGUCAAGCUAUGGGCGUUCGGCCACACACACUACAAUUGCGACUUUGUCGAUGAAGGAACCAGGAAACGCGUGUAUACGAACCAGAAGGGCUACUCGGAGGGGCGCUCGGCAGGAUUCCGAGCUGGAAACGUGGUUCAGAUAAGCCAAGUGCUGGAACAAAGCCCUGGGGCCCUGGCACACGCGUCGCUCAUACUGCGUGCUUAUACGAUAAACCGGAGAUUUGAGACACUCGUCGAGGAAUCCUCGACGAGGAUUAUUGGUUGA